GCUUGGUUGUGGCGGAGUUUGCUCCCGUGCAGCUCGUAAGUUUUCUUCUCCCGAAAAGAUGAUCAUUUUGACGGGUGACGAUGAACAUCAUGAGAUAAUUCUGGUACUACUACUAGAAAAAUCAGCAUCAGCUACAGGUCGUGCAAGUGUUGACUACAGAGAGCAGUAGAAGAGUGCGGUUGAUUUAAUAAGUACCUUCCGUGCCCAGGAGGAUGGACGCGACGUACUACCUCCAGAGCGCCCAGGAGGCCGGCGGUGAGCUGCUGGAGCCGGUGUCGAGCUGGGGCGCUCGCAUGUCCUCGGGGGCCAUCUCGUUUUUUUCGGCCGCCGACAUCGCGGGUUUUCCGCUCACCGAUGUCGCCAAGUACUUCUCGGAAGCCAUGCGUCUUUCCGACCCCGCGAAUCUGAAGAGCGGGCUCAGCAACAUCCACAGCAUCGUGCGGGGUUCUUAUGGCUAGUGAAAAUCCUCACGGGUUUACUGGGUUUCUCUUUCUGAUGCUGCCGAGCCAUUUUAUUCAAUCAAUUUUCUUGCAUGACUUGGAACCUCUACCACAAAAUGACAUCGGAAACUCCCCUCGUUCGGGAACGAGGCGCGCAAUACCCGGAUUUUUUCAAAAAGUGAGAACGCAGCGAGUUUUCGUGUGGGCUCUCGUUCCGGAACGAGAAACGAAGUGAGAACUCACUGAAUUGCCACUCCAGGACUUUUUAAAAAGUGAGAACGCAGUGAAUUCUUGCGCGGCUUCUCGUUCCGGAGCGAGAAAUGGAGUGAGAAUUUACUGAAUUCUCACUCCAGGACUUUUCAAAAAGUGAGAACUCAAUGAGUUCUCACUUGGUUUUCGUUUCGGAACGAGAAAUGGAGUCAGUAGAAUUUAGUGAAUUCUCAAUCCCGGUAAAAUCGGGAUCCCAAAGUGGGACUUUUCAAAAAGUGAAUAUUCACUGAAUUUUCACUCGAUUUCUCGUUCCGGAACGAGAAGCCGAGUGAAAAUUCAGUGAGUAUUCACUUUUUGAAAAAAAUAACUUUUGGAGCAUGCAUGUUUCUGGAGAGAGGCUUCGGCUCCCGGGCGGAGUUAAAAUUUUCCGAAAGUGAAUACUCACUGAAUUUUCACUCGAUUUCUCGUUCCGGAACGAGAAGCCGAGUGAAAAUUCAGUGAAUUUUCACUUUUUCUUUUUGAAAAAAAUCACUUUUGGAUCACGAAUUUUCCGGGAGAGAGACUUGAGCUCCCAGAGUGAAAAUUUUCAAAAAGUGAAAAUUCAGUGAAUUUUCACUCGAUUCCUCGUUCCAGAACGAGGCCUCGUUCCGGAACGAGGCCUCGUUCCGGAACGAGAAAUCGAGUGAAAAUUCAGUGAAUUUUCACUUUUUGAAAAUUUUCACUCCGGAGGCGAAGUUUUCCCGGAGCGCGAAUUCGGGAAGCAGGAUUUUUCCAAAAGUGAAAAUUCACUGAAUUUUCACUCGAUUUCUCGUUCCGUAACGAGAAACCGAGUGAAAAUUCAGUGAAUAUUCACUCCUGGAACAAUCUCACUCCGCUAUUUCGAAAAGUGAAUUACUAGGCUUCUGGUUCUUCCGGAGCAAGGGCUCGCUGAAUUACCACCCCAGAGAAAAGCUAUCUCAUCCCGGAAUCAUUCUAGAAGUGGGAUUUUCGUAGAGUGGCAAUUCAGUGAGUUAUGACUACAUGAACAAAAAAAAACCGCAAGCGCUGACCUUUUACAGCACACAUGGCAGAAAUAGGGCGAGGGCUACCGAUUCAAAUUGCAGGACGUUCCGUAAGCGUGUUGCUCUGUCGCUAGUAGCGUUUGCUGCAUGGCGCGAAAAAUUUUUUGCGAGCCUUCUAAUUGCAGCGCGCUAUUGCCCGCGCCACAUCGCCGAUAGGAACGCCCUGCUACACUGCCUGCAAGGUGCCUGUGAUGUCGUUCGUAAGCCACGCCCGAUUUUUGUGGUUCGCAACGUCGCCCGAUGUUUUGGCUUCAGUAUGUUUAAAACGCUCAAAGUUGUAGCAUUUGGGCUCUCGUUCCCCAACGAGGGGAGUUUCCGACGCAAAGGGGGGGGAUUUUCCAAGUCAUGUUUUCUUGCAUGUUACGGCAGCCUAGCUCUUUGAUCGCAGCAAGACUGGUAGCUGAUGGUCGAUGUCAUGAUCAUCAUGAUCAUGAACUAGCAUUUUCUUGCCUAGCGAAAGUGAGUGAAGUGAAUCGGAGUCAAUAAAGAGGUGAUGCGGAAGCCGCGUCUCGUCUUUCCUUCUUGACGCGAAGUGAUGAACUUGAACUAAACUCGUGUACUUUUCACUACCAUAGUCCUAUCGGGUUGUAUGCCGCUUUGGCGACGCCGGAAAACACGAGUAACCUCGCAGAGCUGAUGAAGUUUCGCGACACGGUCAUGUGCGACAAGGCGGCCAGCUUGCUUAUGGCGUUUUCAACUGUUACAUUCUCAACUGCAAGUCCUCUUGCAUCACAAAUUACAAUUAGGCACGGACUUAGAUGUUGUUUAGCCCUUCGAUAAUUUGUCAUGCGAAGCAGCUUGAUCGUCUUGUGGCUCAUGGUCAUUUUGCAUGACAAAUCACGCAACAGUUGAGGAUGUAACGCUUGGGAGACCCAUAUUGCUCAGCGGCGUGAUGUGCAGAUACCCAGCAAAGUUUACCACCGCACAGGUCAAGGCAUAUGGAAGCAAAACAGAACUUUGUACUUAAUUCGACAGGCGCCUGAGGGUCAUUUGCAUUUCCAUUUCAGUACUUACAUGCGUGGCCGUGCACGAACCGAGAUGUCGGCGACUACCAUUUGAUUUCAUUUCUUCAUCUUCUUGACAUGCAUCUGCAUUUAGCAUUGAUAUGGUUGCAUAAGUUGUCACGCCAGCAUGUGCAUGUUGGAAAAAAAAAAAAAAUGGAUACGAAGACAGACACUUAAUCGCGCCCAGCUAUAGCCAUUAAUCUGUCGACAUCGUUCAUGAAAGAAGACUAGGCACCGUCGAUCGCGUUCUUUUUUCGUUUUCAUACUGGCUGCUCGGAAUACAGCGGUACCGAGGCGGGUAAACUCGACGUUUUGGCAAAUCUUCUGAAGUGCUCCGAUUGGCGAUCGGUAUACUAAAAAACACUGGAUUUAUUUUCCUGCUUUUUUUCGGGCCUUUGCCAUCGAAAUUUGUGAAGUAGACGCUGAGACUUCUUUAUCUUUGUCUCACGAAAUUCUUUUCAUCGAAAAAAGACAACUAGCAAAUUUUGAAGAGUCUCUGUUAAAAAAAACUCUCAGACCCUUUUUCCGCCGAUGCAGAUGCGAAUUUUGAGUGGCGUUUCCAGUAGCAGCGUUCCGACCAUGUACAAAGCACUGAUGUGUGUCUGGCUCACGAGCUUUAACAAAGGUACUGAUUUAUUGAUUCAUUUUGAUUUUCGUUUUUCGUGCGACGAAUCCGUCGCUCCUGCUCCUCGCCGGCGAAUACUCGACCGAAGAUGAUGUACAACAUCUACAUCAUCGAUCCAUUAUACAGACGCAGGACGCAUGAUCUUCACAAUCACAAACAAAAUGAAAAUAGUUUUCAAAAAAAAAAAACAGACGUCGAGAUGCCAACCAGCGUGAUUUCGAGUAUCAACGAGAUUUUGAAGACGGUGCGCACUGAGAAAGUGAUCCGCAUUGCGCUCAUGGCAAUAGAAAACCUGCUCGCGAAGAAGACCAUGUGUGAAGGUACAGGAUUUAUUGUUUUCGUUUUCAAGGGGUAGUUUUUGAAAGAACAGCAUUUGUCAGCCCUUAUCACGAUCGUCCGAUCGUCGUUAAGGUCCUUGUCGCGCAUCAUGAUGUUGAAGGGGAACAAAUUGAAGUUCAUUUACCUAUUUCACGCCAGCUCGUCUGCGCAAACACAACAGGAGGCCCUGCUACAAACAUGGAAAAAAAAUGGAACAGAAUAAAUCGUAUAAACUGUCCAACUCCACCAAUUUCAUCAUCAUCGAAAUUCAAAUUUCUUCCAAAAUCAGAAAUGGCGGAGCAGGAGACGAUGAACCUGGUGUCCGCCCUGGAAUAUGAGAAGUGGAGGGACCCGGAGCUGAUCGCCCUCAUCAAGAAGCUGAUCUCUGCGCUGCAGGCGGAGGUCAAGAUCUUGACCAAUUUCGAGCGGUUCGAACGGGAGGUCAUGUCCGGCAGGCUCAAGUGGGGAUUCAUCCACAGUGAAAAGUUCUGGCUCGAAAACGUAUUCAUUUACUUACUACAUGAUUUCGAUUUGCGAUGUUUUUGAAAAUACUGAAGAGUACAGUAGAGUACAACAUGCCAACAUCAACAGAAACGAAAGGGAAACAAGCCGCGUCAGCUACAUCUUACGCAAGUACUCCACCACUGCUUAGCCUUACAAAAAUGCAGGUUUUGAAGUGCGAGGGAAGCAACUUCAAGGUGAUCGACCACCUGAUGGUGUAUCAAACAAAAAAGUGUUAAUGUUAACGAUUUUCAUAGAUUGCAAAUAUGCAUCACAAAUUUUGCCUGGUAUGCAUGCUAUACAUGACAAAGUUGGGGGGCACGUAGUUUUGUGAUGUACUACUGCAUCACAAAUUCCGUUAACGUUAACACUUUUUCCUGUGAUAUUGUGAUUGUGCGAACCAGUAAGGACGCAGAAACUCUCGCGGUAUCAAAUGUAAAAAUGUCUGGGUCUGGAAACUUGUAAUGCUGUGUUGGGAAUAGUGAAUGCUCUGUAAUGCACAACCAAGCAUGAGAAAUAUCUGCGCUGCUUUGUGUUGCGUUUUUCGCAUGAGACACUGCGUUUUUGCAUGACAGGCAUAAGGGUCUCGUCGUGGACACGCAUCACAAACUUUUUUGUCAUGCCAGACAAGCAUGACACCCCUCUUCCAGACCCAGACAUUUUUACAGUUGAUACGCGGUCGCCUGCCACGAUCUUGGGGAAUUCGCCCGCCUGCAUCCCGUCGGUAUACGAUUGUUGAGCCUAGUGUUUUUUGCAUGAUGAUGCUCACCUUUUUGUUUUCGAUGCAAAAUCUCAGCCAUCCUCCUCAACAGUACUAUAAUUCUAAUUGCGAAGAAAAUCCUAAUCCUGUUCCUCCAUUUGACUCUGUAGGUAAGCACAUCGCAACAACGCGUGGGGCUAAGGACAAAAUGCUGGAGCUGAUGUCCAUAUCCCGAAGGACUUCAUAUGGUCAAGUAGAGGCAAAAAACAAACCGAUUUAGAUGAACUAAACCACGCGUACCAUCGGGUCGUGUCUAUUUGUAGCUACGAUACAGCCUGCAGAUGUUUCCACCCGUUCUUGCCGCGGUAAUAUGCUAUGUGCGGUUCUUGCAGCGAGCCUCCAUUCGCCACGAUUCUAGAUCGAGGAUCAACAUAUGCAUGUAACGACGUCCGGCUGGAAAUAUCUUCAAUAGUUGCUGAGUCCUGAUUUUCCACAACGUGACCAGAAGUUCCCGAGGGAUAUUUCGCUAGCCAGCGUGAGGUGGCCCGGGAAGCCCUGCUGUGCGUGCAGAAGUUGAUGCUGCAGAGCUCGGGGUUGAACGCCAUCACUGCUUCGGCGUGAGGAGCUACAACAGCAGAGACAAUUACAAAGGGUAGUAGUUGUGCAGCUCUCUACCUGCCCUGCGGAGGAGUACGUGCCGGUUUUUACGUAGAACGGGAGAAACAGGAUGGAUCUAGUUAGUUUCAAUUUGCAGUGCGUUUUGCAACUACUACAUCAUCCCGCAGAUGAGCUAGUUCUUAAUUUUGUGACAUGAAAGAGGAGACGGUGAUGUCGCUGCACAUUUACCUCCGAAGAUGAUUUUUUCUGAACGCUAUUCAAAGUACUUCAUAUACAUAAACCUACUUCGUCUUUGUCGACGUCCUGUCAAAGACUACUCACGAGAUGGGUUCGAACAUUCGUUCUUCUGAAAUAUUAACCAUUAAAAGCAAGUUCACGACCCCAGCAGGAGGACGAGUAGAGCACCGCUAUCGGCAGCGCAGCUGAUCGGAAUAAAGGCGGCAGAACUUCUUCUUGCUUCACCUCUACUCGAUCGGAUCACGAGGAAGUCGAAGUAAAGAACUUCAGCUCGGAAGUAGAGCGUCGAAGGGGACGUAGAAGUUCACCUCUUUUCAUCAUCAGCUGCCACCUGUCAAAAAAGCGAAGCCGUUGUCUGAAAAUAACAGACACAGCGGACGAAAACGAAUCUUGACUUGUUAGACUGAAUGGUACUACAAGGAGAUGAAAUAGAAACAAGACAAAAGAAACAUCCGUUCGUUGUCCUUAAGAUUCUAAUUACGUUGGUCAAAUUGAAUACUUGCGGACCGCAAUAUCAGCGUCGUCCGCAGAGAGUGACGAGGGAAAUUAUAGCCACCGGAAAAACGACGACGACCCUAUGGCCCCAUCAGUCAAUUUUUUGGCGUGCAG